AUGAAACCAUCAUCUCUUUUCUCGAAUUCAGAGAAAACAGAGAGAUGGAUGUUGACGAAGAUGGGAAGAUUAACGCCAUUGCUCUUGUCUUCUUUUUGCAUAACUCUCUUCUUCACCGGUUUCUUCGUCUUCCCUCAGAAUCCUUUUAAAUCCAUCUCCGAUCGAAAAUUUCUCUCCCUCCAACCUCAAAUCGAUCCGGAAUGUGAGUUGUUCAAGGGACAUUGGGUUAGAGACAAAAGAGGAUCUUUGUACACAGACUCAAGCUGUCCUACGAUUCCUGACUCCAAGAACUGCAUAAAACAUGGGAGGCCAGACAGAGGUUUCUUGUUCUGGAGAUGGAAACCAGAUGGCUGCGAUCUUCCUAGGUUUAACCCUAAGGCGUUUCUCGUUAUGGUUCGAGGCAAGAAGAUGAGGUUUAUUGGUGACUCUGUAGCAAGAAACCACAUGGAAUCCCUUCUCUGCUUGUUGUCAUUGGAAGAAACUCCUAAAGAUAUCUACUCUGAUGGAGAUGACAGAAACAGGAUUUGGUACUUUCCAAAACACGAUUUCACUCUCUCGACCUCGUGGACCAAGUUUCUUGUAGCGGAACAAGAGAGGACAGAUGGUAACAAGACCGGAACAGGAGUGUUUGAUAUAGAUGUAAGCAAGAUCGACGAAGGGUGGUUUAAGGAUCUGCCAUUUACAGACAUUGCUAUUGUCUCGGCUGCUCACUGGUUCUUCAGACCUAUAUUCAUUAACAGAGGAGACGAGUCGCUCGGUUGCAUCUACUGUAGCUCACCAAACGUGACUCAGAUUAGCCCUGACGAAGGGUUUAAGCUUGUUUACUCGGCGGUGUUUAAGCACAUUGACGAGUGCGAGAAAUGCAAGAGAGGUUUAGUCACUGUCAUGAGGACUAUCUCGCCUGCGCAUUUCGAGAACGGGACUUGGGAUACAGGAGGAUCUUGCGGCAGGAGGAGUCCUUUUGGUGAAGACAAAAUCGAUCUGCAGAGCAACGAAAUGAAGAUCAGGACGUCUCAGAUUGAACAGCUUGAAGGUUUAACGAAACGAGGCAACAAAGGAAAGAAGUUUGCGGUUUUGGAUGUGACUAAAGUUAUGCUGAUGAGACCAGAUGGACAUCCGAAUGGUCACUGGGGAAAUAAAUGGAUGAAAGGUUAUAAUGAUUGCGUCCACUGGUGUUUGCCUGGACCUAUUGAUGCUUGGAGCGAGUUUCUAAUGGCGAUAAUUAGUCAGUUAAGAUGA